GUCUUUGAGUUAAUGUGUAACUUCUGCAGUAAAAAGGAAACCAGAUGGACGAGAAAACAAUAAAUUUAAAGCAUUUUUCUGCAUCACAAACAGUAACAGGUAGCUCCGGGCUGUCAAACGAUUGCAGACGUUCAGCUUCCUGUUUCAGCUCAAACCACAUUCCUACAGUCAUGCGGCGAAGCUGAUCUCAGUCACAAGCUAGAAACGGAGAGAGGAGAAAACUGCAGGCCGCCCGCCGCCCUCCACGACUCUGUCCGUCUCAGGUUUGCUUUCAAGGAAUCCAUUUAUUUGUGCUGCUGAAAGCAAGAAUGAGAGGAGAACUUUAUCAUCCCAGCCGUGCAGAGGAGAUGGACUUUCAUCUGAAGCACCGGACUGACCGACUUUAGGGAGGAUGGAGCAGCGAAACCAGGAAGCUGAGGUGGAAGUUCAGAGCAGGGCGAAGAAGGCGGAGUCAGUGACCAACAACAACCAGCCCAGAUGGUCAAACGGUCAGUGUGUCGUGGUUAUGCCGAGCUGUUCAACGUUCAGCCCCAGUUUUGAUCUGUCUUCAUGCCGCGCCAAACUCGCUCAGGACGGCUUUCAGAUUCCGGCGUCCGACAUGGAAAUUCCCCUGAAAACAGCUCUGGACGUCCCUUCAGUCAAGAGAUACCUGGUUUUUAACUCGCGUCUUUUCCACCUCAUUAUGGCGCCGAUUCUGUACGUGGUGUUGUGGUGCGCCGUGUUCUCCACCCUCCACCUCUACAUCUCCGUCAGCGACUACUGGGUCCUGUGUCUGUCUGUCAGCCUGGUGUCCAUCCUCCUCACCACGGCCAUCAUCUUCAUGCUUCAUCACAGCAACAAGCAGAUCAACGUCAACGUAGACGUUCGGCUGGUGCAGGUGAACGAGAGGAUGGUCAAACACAAGCUGCUGGUGGGCGUGGCCGACUGGGUGGAGAACUGCACCGGAAACAUGCAGUUGUUCUUCGUUUACUGGGACAUGUCUCGCUGCCUGAAGACUCUGACUGAAACUUUGGAGGAGCUGGACUUUGUGACACCUGACGCCCAGAACAAGCUGAGAAGCCGGAUGUCUCAUCUCAUCCUGGUGUCCGAGGAUCUCCCGGAGGAGUCGGAGUCCGGAGGAUCAGACGUGGAGGCAGAAUCGGAUGAAAACAGACCUCUGCUCCAUGAUGUAGACUGCAGUACCUCAUCUCACCAGAGGAGGGAGCCCACAGUCACGUCCAGCUUCAGCCUGGCUCCUGAUGCCUCCCUGCCUGCUCAGGUUAAAGCGCACCGACUGCUGAUGACCUACAGCGCCGCCUACGUGAAGCUGCUGGUGUCUAAGAGGCUGUCGGGUCCGUCCCACCACCGCAUGAGACUUCGGAGGAACCACUGCAGCGUCUCCCCCGUCUGCCUCUGCCAGUACAUCAAGAAGAAAGUCCUCCAGUGAAACCAGACAAUCGGCCACCAUGACGGACAGAGACACUCCUCUGAGCUCAGUGGAUGAAAGUCCUAAAACUGCACAUGUGGAAACUCUGGUUAAGAUGUAAAGUUCUGAAGUUACUGACACUACAACUGCUUCCUUCAACCUGAGUUUCUAACCUGGUUCCGGCGGCAGCUCUGCUGAAGACACUUCACUUUGACUCCUUAAACUUCUGGAGUAUUUUGAACCUCAGUAGAACUGUGCAAACAUCCUGAAUCACAAACAUACAAUGUAUGGUCGCGAUAUCCAAAGACGAAAAAAAGAUCUUCUUAAAUUUAGUCUGUUUGAGUAAUUCUGUCUAUAUAUAAAGAAUCUGCAGCCUGUGGCUCCAGAGCCACAUUUUAUCCCUCCAUUAUGUCUCUUUUACCCCUCUAUAGUAUAUUUUUUUACUCCUCCAUAGUAUCUCUUUUAUCCCUCCAUAGUAUCUCUUUUACCUCUCCAUUAUGUCACUUUUACCCCUCCAUAGUAUCUCUUUUACCCCUCCAUUAUGUCUCUUUUACCCCUCCAUUAUGUCUCUUUUACCCCUCCAUUAUGUCUUUUAGUAGAGACAUGACACACAAAUGCUAGAAUUAACAAGUAGCAUUAAACAAUAAAAUGCAAUUACAUAUAAUUGCAAUAUAAUUAUUUCAUAAUAAAACCAAACAUAUUUACAUAGAAAUAUAUAUAUUAUCAAUGUUAACUUGUUUUGUUUGUUGUUUGCAGAUGAUCUGUUUUUGACACCAAACCUUCUGUGAUUUUGUUCUCCGUUCUUACCUGAGUGUUCAGACCGGUUAAGACACCAACAGGUGACUGCACCUGCUGUGGGCGGAGCUCUGGAGAUUCAUAGCAGAAGUCCUUCCAGCCAGACGAUUCCUGCUGCUGUUUUCUCUCCAAUAAAAUCCUCAUAAAUUGA